AUGUGUAAAAGCCAAGCGGUGUCAAUCAAAACUUUGGAGAAGCAAAUUGGGCAGAUUGCUAAUGCAUUGCUUAACAGGCCACAAGGAACUCUUCCGAGUGAUACCGACGCCAAUCCAGGCAAGAAGGAAGUGAAAGAACAAGUUCAAGCAGUCACUUUGAGGUACAGAAAGGUUACGAAGGAAAAAGAAUCAGCAGCAGAGCAUAACAAAGAAGAGAACAAUCAGCAGGUUGAAACACCCGUGCUCUCAUCUGAGUCAGAUAGUGGAAAAACUGUUGUUGGGGCUGAUUUGAAAGAAAGCAACGAGGAUGCAAGCAAGGAUUCCGCUGAAAAAUCUACUCCUAAACAUGAUGAUGGGGUCAAGCAAGUAUGUCCACCUCCCCAUAUCCCAAAAGACUUCAGAAGCGGAAGCUCGACAAGCAAUUCGCCAAAUUUCUGGAGGAAACUCAAGCUUGGGGAGUUGGAGACUGUAGCUUUGACGGAGGAGUGCAGUGCGGUGUUGCAACAGAAAUUACCGCCGAAAGUCAAAGAUCCAGGAAGUUUCACAAUACCGUGCACUAUUGGGCAACUAUCUUUUGACAAGUGUCUAUGUGAUUUGGGAGCUAGCAUUAAUCUGAUGCCUUUGUCUAUUUUCAUGCAACUUGGUCUUCCAGAGCUGAAACCUACUAAUAUGUCUUUGCAACUAGCUGAUCGAUCCGUUACAUAUCCGAGGGGUAUAGUCGAAGAUGUGUUGGUAAAGGUGGAUAAGCUCAUCUUCCCUGCUGAUUUUGUCAUUCUCGACUUUGAGGAAGAUAAAAAGAUUCCCAUCAUCUUGAAAAGACCAUUUCUAGCUAUAGGGUGGACAUUGAUUGAUGUAUAA